AUGAAUUCAGCUUCAGUGCAAUUCAGUCCCAUCAAGGACGGACGACGAAUUCUCGGCGAGAAAGACUCAAACGCGUGUUUAUCCCCCGCCACACACGCCAAACCAUCAUUCCCGGCCAUUGGGACCCCAGUCAAGCGGAUGUCGAUUGCUACCUCACCUAAGAAACUCCUCCCCUCUCCCAUUUUUGCAGGUCAAAAACGGACACGGGAUCAAGUGGACGAGAUGGAAGACCACCUCGGACACGUGCAGGCGCGGGAAUCCUCUCCGCAGCCCGGCGUCCAGUCUACUCUCAAUGAUGAUAUGCAAAGCCAGAUCAAUCAAACCCCCACACCACAAAACUCACAACCUGAAUGCGACCAAACACAGGAUCUAAUGGACACCGAUCAAUCUUUCAAUAAAGCAACCCUUCUCCGAUCAAGACUACAGAGCGCAAUGCGCAAUGUGACAGACCACCAAUUCGACCGCCGGCUCUCCGAGCUAGAAGCCCACAGCCGCAAAUGCCCACGGCUCUCACUCUCCGUCCUCUCCACACCACCCCUCUCAUCUCGCAAACACUUCACAUCCUUCUCAUCCUUCUCAUCCUCGCAAAUGAAGACACCCCGCAUCGGCUGCGCUGGCUUCACUUCCACUCCCUUCCAUAGUACACCCGAUCUUCCAGGCCGACCUUCCCCAUUGUCUUCCAGCGUUGUUCAGCAACGCACAAAGUCACACGCGCAACGAACACCGCCUCGUGGGCUCGGUUCCCCAAUGCAGCUGAGUAGUCCUCCAGCUACGGUUAUUCGCCGUGAAGCCGAUAGGGAAACAAGCAUGGGCCCAAGAGCCGAGCUCGGCAUGAAUGAUGUGGGUGCCAUGUCGCCGUCACAGCGAGGUGACGCGGUCGAUGGGUUAUUGAAACUCAUGAGUACGGCAGGCAAUCAAAGUUCCGACUCGUGGACUGGAUGA